UUCACAGAGACUCGCAGUGUUCACACGUCUGUCUCGCUGCGGCUUUAAACGGAUUUUUAUCACCCACAGCAGCUGCUAAAUUAACUUUGAAAUGGCUGAUCAGCUGACAGAGGAGCAGAUUGCCGAGUUCAAAGAGGCGUUUUCACUCUUUGACAAGGAUGGAGAUGGAACCAUCACCACCAAGGAGCUUGGCACAGUUAUGCGCUCUCUGGGCCAGAACCCCACGGAGGCAGAGCUGCAGGAUAUGAUCAAUGAAGUGGAUGCUGACGGAAAUGGAACGAUAGAUUUCCCAGAGUUCCUGACCAUGAUGGCGCGGAAGAUGAAGGACACAGACAGCGAGGAGGAGAUCAGAGAAGCUUUCCGAGUGUUCGACAAGGACGGCAACGGCUACAUCAGCGCUGCCGAGCUGCGCCACGUCAUGACAAACCUGGGGGAGAAGCUGACCGACGAGGAGGUGGAUGAAAUGAUCAGGGAAGCAGAUAUCGACGGAGACGGACAGGUCAACUACGAAGAGUUCGUACAAAUGAUGACGGCGAAGUGAAGGCCUUGUACAGAUUUCGUAUAUAAAUAACUUGCCUUUUUUUUCUUUGUGUAAUUUAUCUGUAAAAUCUUAAUAGCCCCCAUUCGUCCCGCCCCUCCUGCUGUCCAAAGGAACUGCAUGUAAACUGCAUAGGCUCUUGUCCCCAUGUCCCUUUUCUUUUGCUGUCAUGGUGUUUUGGGGGUGACGGAACGGUCGUACAACCGGACGCCCGUGGAGGCCCCUGGGAGUCAGAACUUCGACGUUCCCCCGUCUCGAGUGCUCGGGGCCCCUCCACGCCUGGCGACAUUGGAAACCUGUCAGCCGCUGGUCACUUGACAAACGCUGGCAUGGAAGCAAUGUGGAGGAUUGAAACUCUGCAUGGACUAUGGACAAAGUAUAUAUGGAAAUCUCUCAGCAUUGCACUACUGCAAAAAAAAUGACACGGGUGUAUCUCCUCGGUACUCGUACAAACUCUUUUGUAUCUGCUGUUAAUCUUACCAUGCUUUUUAAUGUUUUACUCACUUUAACUUUUUUUUUGUUGUUUUGACCUCUGGUCAUGCCUCAAAUAAUCCAUUCCAAGUUGUAUAUUUUUGUUUUCCAAUAAAAUUUACAAUCUACCCAGA